AUGGAGGCUCUCACCACUCAGCUGGGGCCGGGGCGCGAGGGAAACUCUUCUCCCAACUCCAAGCAGGAGCUGCAGCCCUAUUCGGGUUCCAGCGCUCUCAAACCCAACCAGGUGGGCGAGACGUCGUUGUACGGGGUGCCUAUCGUGUCCCUGGUCAUCGACGGCCAGGAGCGCCUAUGCCUGGCGCAAAUCUCCAACACCCUCCUCAAGAACUACAGCUACAAUGAGAUCCACAACCGCCGCGUGGCCCUGGGCAUCACGUGCGUGCAGUGCACACCGGUGCAGCUGGAAAUUCUGCGUCGGGCAGGGGCCAUGCCUAUCUCGUCGCGCCGCUGCGGCAUGAUCACCAAGCGUGAGGCCGAACGCCUGUGCAAGUCGUUCCUCGGCGAGCACAAGCCGCCCAAGCUGCCCGAGAACUUUGCCUUCGAUGUGGUGCACGAGUGUGCCUGGGGUUCGCGCGGCAGCUUCAUCCCCGCGCGUUACAACAGCUCGCGCGCCAAGUGCAUCAAGUGCGGCUACUGCAACAUGUACUUCUCGCCGAACAAGUUCAUCUUCCACUCGCACCGCACCCCCGACGCCAAGUACACGCAGCCCGACGCAGCCAACUUCAACUCGUGGCGCCGACACCUCAAACUCAGUGACAAGUCGGCCACGGACGAACUGAGCCACGCUUGGGAGGACGUCAAGGCCAUGUUCAAUGGUGGCACCCGCAAGCGGACCUUCUCGCUGCAAGGAGGCGGCGGCGGCGGCGCUAACGGAGGGUCGGGUGGACAGGGGAAGGGGGGUGCUGGCGGCGGCGGCGGCGGCGGCGGCGGCCCGGGGUGCGGCGCAGACAUGGCCCCAGGUCCGCCGCCGCACAAAAGCCUGCGCUGUGGCGAGGAAGAGGCCGCCGGGCCUCCCGGGCCGCCGCCUCCUCACGCGCAGCGGGGACUUGGUCUGGCGGCGGGAGCUGGUGGCCCCGCGGGCCCUGGAGGGCCUGGUGGCGGCGCCGGGGUCCGCAGCUACCCUGUGAUCCCAGUACCCAGCAAGGGCUUUGGCCUCUUGCAGAAGCUGCCCCCACCGCUUUUCCCUCAUCCCUACGGCUUCCCCACGGCCUUUGGUCUCUGCCCCAAAAAGGAUGACCCUGUGUUAGGCGCAGGAGAACCCAAGGGUGGCCCAGGCCCCGGGACCAAGGACGCGGCGGCCGUGGCUGCCGCCGCCGCCGCAGCCACUGUGUAUCCGACGUUUCCCAUGUUCUGGCCGGCGGCAGGCAGCCUCCCGGUGCCGCCCUAUCCGGCCGCGCAGAGCCAAGCCAAAGCCGUGGCGGCGGCCGUGGCGGCUGCAGCGGCGGCGGCCGCGGCUGCUGCGGGAGGUGGCGGCCCCGAGCCCCUGGACGGUACCGAGCCGGCCAAGGAGGGCGGCCUGGUCGCAGAGGAGCGCUGCCCCAGCGCGCUGUCCCGCGGGCCACUGGACGAGGACGGUGCGGACGAGGCGCUGCCGCCCCCGCUGGCCCCGCUGGCCCCGCCGCCCGCGCCGCCCGCUCGCAAAGGCUCCUACGUGUCGGCCUUCCGGCCUGUGGUCAAGGACGCCGAAAGCAUCGCCAAGCUCUACGGUAGCACCCGCGAAGCUUACGGCGGUGGGCCAGCCCGUGGGCCGGGGCCGGGCGCAGGGACCGGCGGCGGCUACGUGAGCCCGGACUUUCUGAGCGAGGGCAGCUCAAGCUACCACUCCGCCUCCCCCGACGUGGACACUGCAGACGAGCCCGAGGUGGACGUGGAGUCCAACCGCUUCCCCGACGACGAGGGCGCCCCGGAUGAGGCCGAGCCCGGCGCACCCAGCACCGGAGGCAGCCCGAAUGGAGACCAGACUGCAGGACCCCCGUCUAUCACCUCGUCCGGCACCGACGGUCCCACAGACUCUCCAGAAGGCGGCAGCCCUCGUGCCCGGCGCCGUCCGGGGCUACCCCCAGCCAGUCGGGCCGCAUUUGGGGACCUGGUGGCCGACGACAUGGUGCGGAGACCGGAGAAGAGCCCGCCAAGCGGCGGCUAUGAGCUGCGCGAGGCUUGCGGACCGCUGGGGGGCCCCGCGCCGGCCAAGGUGUACGCGCCCGAGAGGGACGAGCACGUGAAGAGCGCCGCGGCGGCGCUGGGGCCCGCGGCGUCCUACCUCUGCGCCCCAGAGGCCCACGAGCCAGAUAAGGAAGACAAUCACUCGACCGCCGACGAUUUGGAAACGAGGAAAUGCUAUCCAGACCAAAGGAGUAUCUCCCAGCCAAGUCCGGCAAAUACAGACCGAGGCGAAGAUGGGCUCACCCUAGAUGUCACAGGAACUCAACUAGUGGAGAAAGAUAUCGAGAACCUGGCCAGAGACGAAUUGCAAAAACUGCUCCUGGAACAAAUGGAGCUCCGCAAGAAGCUGGAGCGAGAAUUUCAGAGUCUCAAAGAUAAUUUUCAGGAUCAAAUGAAGAGGGAAUUGGCUUAUCGAGAAGAAAUGGUGCAACAGCUGCAAAUUGUCAGAGAUACUCUUUGUAACGAACUUGACCAGGAGCGGAAGGCACGCUAUGCCAUCCAGCAGAAAUUAAAAGAAGCCCACGACGCCCUGCACCAUUUCUCCUGCAAGAUGCUGACGCCCCGGCACUGCACUGGCAACUGCUCCUUCAAGCCCCCUCUGUUGCCCUAG